AUUGAGAAGCGACGAAAGCUCGCUCAUUGGCCGCUCGACCUAACGCGACGUCACUAUUACUUGGACGAGUCCGAUUCACACGCUGGUGCAGGUAUGUCAUUCAGCAUCAGCGGGUGAUUGCGAUAGGCUGCUCGUGAUUCUUUUCACUUCGAGUGCAUGUUGGGAGAAGAAUGGGAACGAAGGCAAGGAUCAGCUAUUGUCCAAGCUAAAGCCCCCCGGGAGUGUCGUCACGGCGCCGCGGUCCGCCAUGUCCGCGCUGCCCCCGUCGGACGUCACCGCCGUGACGGGCUGGCGCAACGUGUCCGGCGAGCCGAACGACACGCUCACCACGCUCCAGCCGCCAGACGCGGCUGGGUACGUCAUCUGCCCGAGCUACCUUCCGCUCAACCACGUGUACUUCCAGGUGGCCAACUUCUUCCUGUUCCUGUCGUACCUGGCGCCGCCCGGUCUGGGAGGGCUGCUGUACCUGCGCUCCACCCUGGCCAUCGGGCUGUUCUUCCUCGCCAUGUGGGGUUACGUGGUCCUCUGCGCUCUGGACACGUUCCUCUGGAACUUCGUCUGCAUGUGGAUCAACCUGGGACACGUCGGCUACCUGCUCUGGACGCUGCGGCCGAUCCGCUUCGACAAGGACAUGGAGCAGGUGUAUUCGGCCAUGUUCCGGUCGCUGAAUGUCAGCCGGCGGCAGUUCCAGAGGGUGCUGAGCUGCAUGCGUGGCGUGCGCUCCGUCAGCUUUCAGGAAAUGCUGAUCCAGGAGCACGUGACCAGGGUGGACAGUCUGACCCUGGUGCUGUCCGGACGGUUCGUGGUGUCUCAAGGCGGUAAGGCGCUGCACGUGGUGGCUCCGGACCAGUUUCUAGACUCGCCCGAGUGGUUCUCGGUGCUCACCGACGACUUCUUCCAGGUCAGCAUCACGGCCAUCGAAGAGAGUCGCGUACUCGUCUGGCACAGAGACAAGCUCAAGUUGAGCAUUAUGGGCGAGCCGUUCCUGCAGGCCGUCUUCGAUAACGUGCUUGGACGGGACGUAGUGCAAAAGCUGCUUCAGGUGGACAGGUCUUUCUCGCUGGGUGACUGUCCGUCAAACGGAGGCACACUCAACAUCCUAGACCGGCACUCGGCCCUGAUGCUGGUACAGCGGACGGACCAGGGCGCCGCUACCACCGCCUCUGACCAAACAGGCCAGGAGGCGGACGAGAGCGCUUGGCGGCUGGGUCCGAUAGAUGAGAACAUGAAGGGCGGCACCAGGGUCUGAGUGGACGCCCAGCGUCUACUACUGGCUCGGCAGGGGACGGAGGAGGUCUGCAGGGCUGGCCCGCACGCGGAUGUGGUAGCUCUGGUCAACAUCAGCAGCAUUUGACGCCCAUCUCCGCUAAAAGCCUCCCGGGACAUCAGCAGAGGCGUGGCCAGAAGGCAGUGAUGAACGCCAAAGAAACGGGUGGAGUUGUGGAGAGCUUAUCAGGCUGCUGCGGUGGGGAUGACAUUCAUACAACUUCGAAGUUUUGUGAAUGAAACGAGGGUGACGCACAGGGGCGUAUGCACAUACUGGGUCUCCGCAUCCAAUUUUACAUAUGCAUUGGUAUGUGGGCGAAUAUGUGAAUUUUAUGAAAUUCUGGUUAAACACCUUCAUAUAAGUACAUUAAGAGCACGCGACGUUGUUUUAUGUCAUGCAACAAAUUUAGCGCGUCUGCGGCCCACCGGACUUGGUUAUCAGCGAAAAGCUUUGAGUUGUGACCCUCCCAUCGCGAAACCCUGCAUACACCCCUGGUGACGCACAGCCACGUCUGGUUGAAGCUUUGCGGUUAUUCUGUGCGACAUGGCUUCCCUACCGAAAGAGUGAGGAAAUGACGACAAAACAUGACAGCGAAACCCUUGCAACGAACCUCCUUACAGGAAACCCAUCGCAUAGAACAUCCAUGACGC